CUUUGUGAAUACAUAAAAAACCAUGAUCAAUAUCCUUUAGAAGAAUGUUAUGCAGUCUUCAUAUCUAAUGAGAGAAAAAUGAUCCCAAUCUGGAAGCAGCAGGCCAGACCUGGAGAUGGACCUAUCAUUUGGGAUUACCAUGUUGUUUUGCUUCAUGUUUCAAGUGGAGGACAGAGUUUCAUUUAUGAUCUUGAUACUGUGUUGCCAUUUCCAUGCCCCUUUGACACUUAUGUAGAAGAUGCCUUUAAGUCUGACGAUGAUAUUCAUCCACAAUUUAGAAGAAAAUUUAGAGUGAUUCGAGCAGACUUGUAUUUGAAGAACUUUGCAUCUGAUCGAUCUCACAUGAAAGAUUCUAGUGGAAAUUGGAGAGAGCCUCCUCCUCCCUAUCCUUGCAUUCAAACUGGAGCUUCAAAAAUGAACCUGGAUGAUUUUAUCAGUAUGAAUCCUGAGGUUGGAUGGGGAGCUAUAUACACAUUACCUGAUUUUGUACAUCGAUUUGGCAGUAAAAACUGAUUUCAGCAUAUGGCCAUGGAAAAUGGAAUAAUUCUGGGGAACAUAUUUGCUUUUCUUUUUGCAUGAUGUGAAUACCAACACAAUCCAGGUUCAGCGCUAUCCAUUAAUUACCUCCCUGGCUCUGCAUUAACAAUGUGGUUGAAAAUAAAGAAGAGAUUAUGAAGCUG